AUGGAAGUGGCCACAUUUAAUGGUAAUCAAUCUUUGGACAAUGAUACCACAUGGACCCAUUAUUAUUUCAAUCAACCCACAGAUAAUGACACUGCAUGGGGCCAUCACACGUUAUUCUACGUUUCACCAAAUCUUUUUCCAUUCCUUAAAGCUUUCUGCAUUCUUUGCUACAGUAUCACCUUUAUUGUCGGGAUUGUAGGAAAUUGCUUAGUCAUCUGGAUUGCUGGAUUCAAGAUGAAGACCGUCAAUGCGUUGUGGUUCCUCAACCUGGCGAUGGCUGACUUGAUGUGUUCUUCUUUCCUACCCGUUCGGAUUGCAGAGUGGGCUUUGUUCAACUUAUUUUAUUAUCCCCAGGAGCUGUGUCUUGUUAGCUCCAUUGUAUUGGUUCUUAGCAUGUGCAGCAGUGUCUACUUCCUAACAGUCAUCAGUGUUGAUCGUUGUGUGUCUGCAAUGUGGCCGAUGUGGACAAGAAUACACAGAACACUCAACAUGGCCCGUGUGGUAUCGGUGAUUACUUGGGUGGUUGCUUUCCUUCUCAGCACUCCCAUUGGCACUUAUUAUUUCGAAAUCGAUUUUUCAGACUGUGCUCCAAAGAACGCUCAAUUGGCCUUCGCUAAGGAUCGCCUCGUAAAAAGUUUACGAUUUAUCAGACUUGCUUUUAUGUUUGUGUUACCUUUUGCCAUUAUUCUUAUUUCUUAUGGUCUCAUUUUUUAUAGGCUGAAGAAACUGAUAAAAAUAAGAUCUCGUCAGUCUUAUCGGAUGGUGAUCACUGUCGUGGUCUGUUUCUUCAUCUGUUGGUUUCCAUAUUAUACUUGGCCAUUCAUCUACAUUGGUCAUGAUAACUCCCAAUUAGAUAAUCUGAUAAACGAAAUUGCGAUAUGUCUGGCUUACUUUAACAGUUGCAUCAACCCUGUUCUUUAUGUGUCGUUUUCCCGAGACUUUAAGGACAACUUUUUUAAGUCCAUCCCAGCUAGGAUGGAGACAGCCUUUUCUGAUAGGUGCGAACUUCGGACUGGUGAAGAUAUUGGCUCAGAAACUGUUCAAAUUGACCUAAGAAGCAUAUGA